UUAAAGCGCUUCCAAACGGGGUUAUCCCUCCAGUGUGGAUGCAGUCAAAUAGGAAUGGGAAGGAUCAUAAAACCUAAACCUGAACCCAAGCCAUUGCAUUCAAAUGGUACUAAAAGCAAGAGUACCACUGAGCAUAAGCAGAGUGCAGCACUUCCAUCACUAGAAUAAAGGGGAAAGGCAUAGCUUCCAAAGCCAGGUGAGAGAGAAGCCUUUUGAGGACGAUGGCGAUUCCAUUCUCCAACACCACUCAGCGCAUUCCUCCAGGAUUUGCAAAUCUGCUUGAAGGGCUGGCCAGGGAAGUCUUAAGGAGCCAACCUGAAGAUAUACCAACCUUUGCCGCCAAGUAUUUCGAAACUCUCCUCAUCGAAAGAGAAAAAACUGGGUAUGAUCCAAGUGAAUGGGGAGCAAAGCUAGACGAUAGAUACUACAAUAAUCGUGCUUUUAAUGAACUUGCACCGCCAGGUGGUGGGGAUAAAUCAGAGGAGAAGGGGGAAGAACCUGCUGCAGAGGCAGAGGAGUCAGUCAAGAAAGCAGAAACUAAAGGAAGUGGUAUUAAUUUAACAGAAGAACAAGCUGCUAUAAAAAUCCAGGCCACUUUCAGAGGGUACAAAACACGAAAAGAAAUGGAAAGCUCAAAGGAAGAGCCAAAAGAAGGAAAGGAAGAGGAAAAGGAGGAAGGAAAGGAACCUGAGAAAGAAGCAGGAACAGAAGCUGGAACAGAAACCAGGAAGGAGGAAGAAACCAGCAAACCUGACCAAAAAGAGCCACAGUAAUCAGACACAGCAAUCCUGUCAACAGUCAAGUUUUAGAACCGACUGAAGGCAAAAGUCCCAUUGGUCUGCUUCAGAUACAUGCGCCAGAUUUAUGAGAUAAACCACAGACUUAAAAAAUGCAUCAUGUCAUUCUCGGUGCACACUGGCAGAUCAAUAAACUGAAUCUGAUUAAUGCACAA